AUGACCUGGCAGAAUCGACAGGUAUUGGACUGGCUGCUGGCGGAGCGUGGGGGGGGUUUGCACUCUGAUUGGUCAGGUAUGUUGCACAUUCAUACCGAACAACACUGCCCCUACAGGAAGAUUUGCACAAGCUAUGACUGACUUAAAGGCACUGAGACAGGAGGUGAAGGAUAAUGCUGGACACAAAACUGAAUGGUUUGAGAUGAUGAGAGAGAGCUUGGGGGAUUGGGGAUUUAGCUGGGUGAGGAUAGGGAUAGCGGUGCUGCUGACCUUAUUGGCCAUUGUAUUGAUUCUCUGCUGUUGCAUACCCAUUUUCCGGUCUCAUGUCAAAACCCACUAUGCCUGCCCCAUUGUAGCUAAGAUGCAGGAGUCGGAUGACUCACAUGUUUUUUCUCUGUUUAAGAACAGGCUUUCUGCCCCGGACUUGUACCCUGCCCCGGGGGGGAGCAAGGAAGGUCAGGGAGCGGAGGGUCAAAGUGGCUGAAUGAUGUCCCAAACCAGGCCACUCCGGGCGAUGACAAAUCAAUCGAGCCGCUUCGAGGCCGUGGAACAUCGCUCAAUGAGUAUACCAAGCACAUAAUUUUGUUUGUUUUAUGAGUUUAAUUUUUGUUUUAUUAUGUAUAAUUGAGUGAUGUAUAUGUGACUCAGUGAUUUGUGCAUUAAUCAGUGUAGGUUUGUGGAGGACUGCCCUCCCAAACCCAUUUCUGUUGAAUCAUCCAUGGUUUCUCCCCCCUUAAAGAACGUGGCCUAACAAGCCGGGGGGAGUUUUACUCCAGGAUCUGAUGAUACAGAGGAACAAAGGCAAUUCUGAACAGAUAUUUGAGUACUGCAUAUGUUGUUGUAAACUUUAUGUGUGGACUUGAUGUUUGAUCAUAUACCAUCGUGUUUUUGUGAAACUGUGUUUGAGGUUCAGGGGGUACUUAUCUAGCCAAAGGAAGGUUAUAUACUCACACAUAUUGCAGGCUUACAACCAUAUGAGUAGACUGAGCCAAGGUUUCCUUCAGACUGGGGACCUUGUUUACACAACAUGAAUCUGGACAGCUUCAUUACAGACAAACACUAGCUUACUAUUCUACCAUAUACUCACCUAUUAGUCAAAAUUAAAGGAAAUUGGUUCUGAGAGGUUUUUUUUUUUCAAUGUUUAAAUGUUUUACGGGCUACACAAAAAAGAUAGAUUAUUGGCGAAGUGGUGUGGACAGGGAUGUCCACAAAGGGGGGUAUGUGGGGGAUUUUUUUGUGACCUUGUGACCUCAAGAGAGGAGUCAACUAGGACGGGGGUCAGAUGAGGAGAAGAAGACUUGUUUAUCCCCACACUCAAUGGGGAAAGAGGGAGCUGGGAGAGUCACACUCCCCCUCCCGUUUCAAGGGGUUGAAAUGUUUAAAGUAACUGUAAGCGAAAAAUCUGAAAGUAAACUUGAAGGAAUGCAUAUACAAGUUGUCUCACAUUCUCUUCUCUCUGAAUAUUACAGAUGGAGAGGCGAAAAUCUGGCACAAGUACAACAAAAGGGUUUACACAAGCCCUUUCUCAAAGUGUUUAUAUAGGAAGUAAUAAAAAAAGGAACUGUGUUUCUGUUGCGUGUGCAGAGUGAUUUUCCCGUUCAACAAAGCCACUGCCACAUAAAUGCUAUGCACAAACACAUACAUACUAUACAGGGGUAUAGUCUUGAGAGUUUCUCCAAACUGAUUCAUAUCUCAUUAUAGUUGGUGUUAGAGAGGACAAGGGUUGGUUUGACUUGUUGAAUGAUAUACCUGUAUUUAAGCUUAGAUCACCGAGCUGCUGUGCCUAACAACUACCACCCCAUGGCAGAGAGAGCAAUGAUGCAGGAGGGAAGAGCAACCCCUGACCAGACUCUCUCUACAGCGCCCCAUGUGUUCCAGAUGAGUACUAACGCUGUCCCACCCAGAAGGACUUUGGUUGAGAGGGGGGCAGAGGCAAUGCCAAUUCCAACAGGGGCAGGUAAUGAAAUGCUGGACACUGUUUUGACCCACGAACAACUUUUAGCAACAUACUUCUACGUAAGAUGUCUGCUGGAUGAAGCCGAGCAGCGUGCCAAGGCUGGCAGGGUCCCAAGACCACAUGAUGACAUCACUGAGGUCCAAGCUGAGUUCCAGUCUGCAGAAGUGAGCCUUCAGGUACAGGGAGUGGGAAGUACAUCAAUUGACUCUCUUAACAGGCGUCCUAUGUCCACUGGAGAGACCCUCCAUGAGCAGCCAAACAAGCUCCCAGAGGGGGGUGUCGACACAAGGGUGUAUCUACUGACUGAAAAAGGACUGAAGGAUCUCGUGAGAGAAGUUGGAAAAGGAGCUCGCAAAGAAUGCAAGAAAGGAAAACAAUCUUCGACCAUCCCCCUUCCAACUGCCUCAUGCGAUCCACCUACUGGCCAGGAAGAUUGGCCGCCCCCUUACGAGUGGGGGAAUGGAGGUCAAAGGGUAAUGACAGAGGCCAGGCUGUCCCGAGGAAACCCCACCCUGCAACAAGGUAAAAAAGUACGGUUUUGCUGGGGAUGUGGAGAAAGUGGACAUUAUAAGCAGUCCUGCCCCGGCCAAAGACAGAAUGACACCCCAGUCAGAGUUCCAGUGACGGAGGGCAGUGGGCAGCCACCUAGAGCAAGUUACGUAUGGGCACAGCCACAAGCGGAGUUAAUGCCGCCGCCAUGCUGCCAAAGGGCUCUAACACAUCUGAGACGGCACACCAUACAUGAUAAUGCAAAACCAGACGAAUGUUGUUUCAGGAACCCAGUGGUGUGAAUGAUUUGCUGUGGUGGACAGGACUAAAACAGGUACAGUUAUUAAAGUUUGAUUAAACAUCCCCAAACUCUGCUUGAAAUUAGGAGAUUUAAAGAAGAGGUAAAAAUAUUAUGAAAUAUGUGAAGGAAUAUGAAGAAUUUGGGUUG